AUGGGACUGCCGGUUGACGCGGCUGUAUGGGAGCUAAUAGACCCGGAUUUGGAAUGGUGGGAUGAGACGCUACUAGAGAGCUGCUUUCCAUCGGACAUAGUCAAGGCUAUCAAGCAAAUUCCUUUGAGGGGAAAUGAGGAGGUUGAUACGCUGGUCUGGCACAACAGUAAGUCUGGAAACUAUACGGUAAGAGAGGGGUUUAAAUCUUGGCUGGCGGACUUUUUGCGGCAGGAAGUGGUGGAGACGCAAGGGGAGGCGGAGGUUUGGAGGCAGAUAUGGAAGCUCAAUAUUCCACCAAAAAUUAGACACUUUCUUUGGCGGUUUAUGAGGGAAAUUCUACCCACAGGAGUGCAAGUCCAUAAGCGUUAUCCUCGACGAAGUGACAGAUGCCCGUUUUGUGGUCUAGUAGAAACUCAAACUCAAACGUUUUGUGAGUGUCAGUGGGUGUCUAGAAUUUGGAGGCGAUCAGAGUUCACGGGGUUGUUCCAGUUGAAGGAUGAUGACUCGUUUUACAACUGGGUUAAGAGAGCUUUGGAGAAGGGAGAAGUUGAGAAGUUCGAAGGUUGGUGUGUUCUGCUUUGGUAUCUCUGGAAGGAGAGAAAUGCCCAUUUGUUUAAUGGGGCAAAACUACUCGAAGAGGAGAUAGUGGUGCGGGCAAAAUACCUAUUAGAAGACUAUAAAAUCCAUCAAGGAAGACAGAAGGAGCAGCUAGCGAUUCAGGAGAGGCAAGUAUGGAAAAGGCCGAACCAAGGCCGAGUUUCAGUAUGCACUGAUGCAGGCAUCUUGGGUGAUGAAGGAGCAGGCUUGGGGGUUGUUAUUCGGGACUCCAGUGGUCGAUUCUGCUUGGCGGCAACUAAAAGAGUCCCUGGUAAAUGGAAGGUGGAGGAAGCUGAAGCUUUGGCGACGGAGUUCGAGGCGCAAAUGGAUGUCCAAGGUCAUUUCCCUAAUGCAGUGUUGGAGUCGGAUUGUCAAGUCCUUGUCCAAAAGUUACAGGCAGCACACUAG